AUGAAAUACCUCAUUGUUACUGGAGGAGUACUGAGUGGUCUGGGAAAGGGAAUCACAAUCAGUUCCCUGGGUAGAUUGCUUCAAGCUCAUGGAGUGAAAGUGACUUCUAUCAAGAUUGAUCCGUAUCUAAACUGCGAUGCUGGUACAAUGAGCCCCUAUGAACAUGGAGAGGUGUACGUGCUUGCUGACGGAGGCGAGGUCGAUCUUGAUCUCGGUAACUAUGAGCGGUUUUUGGAUGUAAAAUUGACUCGAGAUAACAACAUCACCACCGGAAAGGUAUAUCAGCGUGUAAUUGAGAAGGAACGGCGAGGAGACUACCUCGGAAAGACUGUGCAAAUUAUUCCCCAUGCUACGAACGAGAUCCAAGACUGGAUCGAACGUGUGGCCAAUCUGCCCAUUAACGACAACGGCGACAAGGCGGACGUGUGUCUUAUCGAAGUGGGUGGAACUGUGGGAGACAUCGAGAGCAUGGUUUUCCUGGAGGCUAUCCGCCAGCUGAUGAAGCGAGUGGGUCGUCAGAACGCCGUUCUCUGCCAUGUGAGUCUGGUGCCUGUAAUCGGCGUGGUCGGCGAGCAAAAGACCAAGCCGACGCAGACCACCGUGAAGGAGCUCCGCGCCACCGGCCUCUCCCCCGACUUCCUGAUCUGCCGCACCGCGACGCCCCUCGAAGAGGACACCAAGCGCAAGAUCGCUCUGUUCUGCGACGUUCCGGUGGAGAACGUGCUGGGCGUGCCGGACGUGAGCAACAUCUACCACGUCCCUCUGGUUCUCCGCGAGCAGCACGCCGCGCGCAACAUUCUGAAGCUCCUCGAGCUGCCCGUGGGCCCCGCCGAUCUCCACGAGUGGGAGGCGCUCGCAGCCCGCGUGGACAGCGUGGAAACGGAGGUCCGGAUCGCGAUCGUGGGGAAGUACACGCAUCUGUGCGACUCGUACAUCUCCGUCUCGAAGUCGGUGAAGCACGCCGCGUACUCGAUCGGGCGCAAGCCGGUGAUCGACUGGGUGGAGGCCACGGAUCUGGAGGACGGCACCAAGGACGCGGAUCCGGCGAAGUACCAGGCCGCGUGGGACCGACUCUACGCGGCGGACGGGAUUCUGGUGCCCGGAGGGUUCGGCGAUCGCGGCAUCGAGGGCAUGGUGAAGGCGGCGUCGUUCGCGCGCGUGCAGAAGAAGCCGUAUCUGGGGAUCUGUCUGGGUCUGCAGGUGGCGGUGAUCAGCUACGCGAGAGAUGUGUGCGAGUGGGAGGACGCGAACUCGCAGGAGUUCAGCAAGACGACGACGCACCCGGUGGUGAUCUCGAUGCCGGAGCACGACGUGGAGCAGAAGGGAGGCACGAUGCGACUGGGCGAGCGAAUCUCCGUGUUCAAGGACAGCGCCGCCGACUCGAUCAUGUUCCGUCUGUACGGACGAAAGAAGCAGAUCGUGGAGCGCCAUCGCCAUCGCUACGAAGUGAACCCCGAAGUGGUUCCCUUCAUGGAGUCCCAGGGACUCAAGUUCGUCGCCACCUGCACGGAGAACGAACGCAUGGAGGUCUUGGAGAUGGAGCGCGAGGAUCAUCCCUUCUUCGUCGCCUGCCAGUAUCAUCCCGAAUUCCUGAGCCGACCGCUGAAGCCAUCGCCGCCCUUCCUGGGACUGGUGCUGGCGUCUGCAGGGCAGCUGGACGAUUAUUUAGCGAAACUUUAGUUUGUUU